GUUCCCUGAGGACCCCAAGUGCCACCAUGAAGAUGCAUGGGGAGGCAGAUUUGGAGGAGCGGAUCCAGGAACUGAAGACCAUCACAAGGCUCCAGGUCAGAUGAGACAAGAAAGAUUAUCCUAAUCAAGGUCCCCAAGGAUCACAGAGCAAUGUCGGACACUACAAAUGCAGGCUGUGAAGGAGAAGACAGCCAAGAACAAGGAGACCAUGUCUCUCCUACGCAGCAACAUUCGCAGUGGGAACCAAGAGUGGGCUCUGACCAAGAAGCACGACCAGCGGAUUAUCUCCAAGGCUUGCGGGAAUGACUUGCCCUUGAGGCUGGCACACUGCCACUGCACCAUGGAGGUGGCACAGGAAAAGCUGCGUAAGUAUGUCUUCGACCGCGUGAACAUGCACAACGAGCUCAUCCACCUGGUGCGGCAACGCGGACAAAAACUGGAGAGCAUGCAGAUGGAGCUGGCCAGUCUGCAAAACCAGCCAGAAGCUACCAAGGAGGAAUUGCGGCUGCUGCAGGUCAUCCGCCAGCUGGAGAACAACAUCGAAAAGACAAUGAUCAAGAUCACCACGAGCCAGAAUAUCCACCUGCUGUAUCUGCACUUGCUGGACUACCUGAAAAAAGAGCUUGCCAUAUACCCUACUGAGUUAGACAAGCUGCAGAACCUUGUGGUUGGCUACUGCUCAGAGCUGUCAGACAUGACAGUCAUGUCCCAAGAUGCCAUGAUGAUUACGGAUGAGGUGAAGAGGAACAUGAGACAGGGGGAAGCAACCUUCAUUGAGGAACGCAGGGCACGGGAGAACCGCCUCAACCAACAGAAGAAGCUCAUCGACAAGAUCCACACCAAGGAGACCAGCGAGAAGUACCGCAGGGGCAAUCGGGACCUAGACUUCUCCUCCAAUCUGAUGAGUAUGGAUAUCCCCAAAUCGAGGAAAAGCAGCAGAACAUCCAAGUCUGAUGCUGAAUACCAGGCGGACGUGACUGCGGUGGUGGAGAAGGUCAAGGCCUCGGUGCAGUGCUCCCACCUCUGGGAUAUUGCUGGCCGCUUCCUGGCCCAGAGGAACACAGAGGAGAACCUGGAGCUGCAGAUGGAGGACUGUAUGGAGAGGCAGAUGGAGCUACAGUCUCUAAUGAAGAAGCUGCAACUUGAGGAGGCGAUGCUGAAGUUCCACCAGACACCCACUUCCGUCAGCUUUAAGUCCUUUGAGAAGAAAAUGCAGGACAUGCUCCAAGAGGAGGAAAAGAGGCUGCAACUGGCCCUCAACAAUGUGACCAAGGGCCAGAAGCUGCUGCUCACCAUCCAGAUGGGCAUCGACAACCUCUACAUGCGGCUGAUGGGAAUUACCUUGCCCAAAGCCCAGAAAGAAUCACUGCCUGCCACUCCCCUGGACAUGUACAGCAAACUGGCCUACUGCGAGACGAAGCUUACAUACCUGGCCAACCGGGUGCAGAUGUUGACCAGCACUGAGGAGUUUAACACGAAAGUGAGGGAUGCCCUGGAGUCCUCAACUCAGAAGGAAAAACAGAACACCAAAAUCAGCUUCGAGGACAUGGAAGAGGACAUGAUAGAAACCUUCCAGUUUGCUGACGUGGACCACAGCUACGUCCCCACGCGGGCUGAGAUUAAGAAUCAAGCCCAGAAGCUCAUCGAGGACAAGCUCAAGCAGGCCAAGAAGAAGAAGAAGUGACCUCCUUGCCCCGACCCCCGCCUGCGAUUUGUUACACGAAUAAACAUUUUUCCAG